AUAUUUAAGCAUGUGCUCUUUCAUUGAUUACAUUUUCCUGUAAAUUUAUUGCUGCUGGUGCUUUGAAGCCACACUAAUGUCCUGCAUACAGAAUUUGUUCUUGCUUGUGAGAGGCAGAAGUUCAUGUCUCUUAGGUUUGAGCUCAAGUUUCAGAAUUCAGAAUGCUACCAAUUUCCAAGUUACUACUCCAAAAACACUUUUGAAAGAUGGUAACAACUAUAUUAUCCACAGAAAUUUUUCCAGGAAAUCAAAAUUUUGGUUUCAAAGGAGAAAACCGAAGUACGAUGUUGUGUCAUUAAGUGAAGUUAGUCCACGAAGAGAAAUUCCAGAUUAUAUAGUAAAACCUGAUUAUGCAGAUAGUGGUGUAGCCUCUGAGCAUGAUGAAAUCGAAAUCCUUACCAAUGAUAAACAGAAGAACAUGAGGCAAUCUUGUGCUUUGGCCAAACUCGUCUUAGAUGAAGUUUCAAGACAUAUUGAUAUUGGUGUCACUACUGAUGAUCUUGAUCACAUAGCUCAUUCAACCUGUAUAAGCUAUGGAGCCUAUCCCUCACCACUGAACUACAGAGGAUUUCCUAAAUCGAUUUGCACAUCUGUAAAUAAUAUUGCUUGUCAUGGUAUUCCGGACAGCAGAAAACUACGUGAUGGGGAUGUGAUCAGUAUUGAUGUCAGUGUAUAUUAUAAUGGAUUUCAUGGUGAUUGUGCUGCAACUUACUGCGUUGGAAAUGUAGAUGCAAACGGUCAACAUCUUCUUCAAGUUGCUUCAUCUUGUUUGAAUGAAGCCAUUAAACUAUGUCAUCACAAUCAAUAUUUUAAACAAAUAGGAAAAACUAUUAGUGAAUUAGCUAAGCAAGAUGGAUAUACUGUAGUUCUAGCUUUUUGUGGCCAUGGCAUUGGUUCAUGCUUUCAUACUCCUCCUAACAUUCUACAUUAUGAUAAUGAUGUUGAUGGCCAAAUGUUGAAAGGAAUGAUUUUUACCAUUGAGCCUGUGAUUUGUGAAGGUCAGUCAGAUAUACUAAUUCUGGAAGAUGGUUGGACUGCAGCCACAGAAGAUGAUAGUAGAUGUGCGCAGUUUGAACACACGAUUUUAAUUACUGACAAUGGAGCUGAAAUACUUACAUUAUCUGAUGCUUUUCAAAAUGUACCUUAAAGGACAGCAUGAUUAAUGUAUUUUUCUGAUUUAUAGUGAGGUUUGUGUAUUGAUUAUUUGUUGAAUUUCUUACAAUUAUAUAAAAAAAAUUAAAACAAUUU